AUGCCCUACUAUCUUACCGACGGGAUUUAUCCUAAUUGGGCAACAUUUAUCCAAUCCAUCCCGCUUCCUCAAGGUCCUAAAGCAGUGGCAUUUGCAAAACGUCAAGAAUCGACCAGAAAAGAUGUCGAACGGGCAUUUGGAGUCUUGCAAUCGAGGUUUGCAAUUGUUAAAAACCCUGCUCUUAAAUGGGACAAAGAAAAGAUAGGAAAGGUAAUGAGAGCAUGUGUCAUAUUGCACAAUAUGAUAGUAGAGGACGAAAGACAAGGAUACAUUCUAGCUAAUACAUCUGAGUUCGAGUCAGGAGAAUCUAACCGAAGUUCGAAGGUAAGAAGGAGAGAAAGUGUGAAUGUUGAUAUGCUUAACAUUCGCAAUCUGGUUCGGGAUCCACAAAUUCAUGAGCGUCUGAAAGCUGAUUUAGUUGAAAAUGUAUGGGCAAAAUUUGGUGAUCGUAGUGAUUAA